AUGACUUUUUUUAUCAAUUACGAGCAGUUACCUGAGAGUUAAUGUGGAAUUCCUUUGUAAUAGUCUGAAUUUCAUUGCAUGAUACCGUUUUUGUACUAGACCGCUCCGCCACUGGUUACUCAUGCAUAGAGGUAGUAAACAUAAGUAAGGAACACGAAUCCUCUCUUAGAUAUAUUUGUAAUUUUACCCACUCCUAUGCUAAGUUUAGUCAUCUUUUUCGAAGUGUGUUUUAUUUUAAUUGCGAUUUAAGUGCUUUAUAACCCAAUAGUUUCAUAGGCUCCAACCUCUUCAUUGGACAAUGAUUGAAAACUGUCACGAACACCGUAUACCAGAUGGUUCAACUUUGUUAGUACCGUCAGUUGCAAUAUAGACAAUUGCAAUAGCAAGGCUGCAUUGAAAUUCCAUGAAUAUUUUAAUAACCAGUAAAGAUGCUACAAAGUAUGUAAACCCAAACUGAAAAUUGAAAAUCAUGGAAAACUACCUAGUGUUCUCUUGAUAUAUCCAAAUACUGGGUUGAAGACUAGUUGGUAGAUCCAAAAGGCCGUGAAAAGAAGCAUUUUGUUAUGAUUGUGCUGAAAAUCAUCUCAGACAAGACCAAGAGAUUGGUGGAUGAAGGUUUAUCAAGUAUCUGACAUUAGAGAUGGGCUAAGAAUGAUUUUUAUUGCAUAUGUUGUUUAUGGCUAUCAUUUCACUGGUAGCCUUUGAAAGAAGCAAAAGUUGUAUCUUAACUUUUAGGAAAACUUUUCCAGUAUUUUAAAUGUAUCACUCCCUUCACCAGAGAUGUUAUGACCCACCAAUCAAUAGCACAUCUGGAAUGAUUAAAAAACAAUUGACAUGCAAACUUUGGUAUGUAAAUCUGGAUAUGGCAAAAUAUCAUCCUGCUAACCAGAUUGAUAAAUUUGAAUGUGAGCUCAAGUAUACUGUUUUUUGCCUGAUUUGGGGAAAUUAUAAUUUGUACAGAAGCUAUUUUUUGACAAUGCCUUUAUCCAGAUGCUCACAUUAUUGUAUCGAUUCAGGCAAAAAGAUCCUGCCUUGAAAGCAUUGACAGAUCGUGAAAUGUUGUUUUAUCUUCAACACUCUUGUUUGUUAGACACAAGUUUUCCCAUUGAAACCAAGGGUUAAGAUCAUCAUCAGAUUAGAACUUUCCUCUCCUUGUUUGUCUAAUGGUGUUGCUUUUACAAAAUGAACAUAAAGAAAAUCCAAAAGGUGGAAUUGGGUCACUUGUUUAGUCAGGAAUUAAUUUCUAAUUGAUUUAUAAUUCCAGAGAUAAAGGCAUCUACUCUACCCUUAAAGGUUGAGAGAUUCUCAUCAUGCUUCUGUGUACAAUUUUACUCACUUAGACUUUUUGUUUUAUGAAAAUCAUUUCUACCAAUUGCUUUGAGGGGGUCAAGAUUAAAUUUUAUUCUGCAUUCAAUGUCUAAUCAUUGUUAAUUGGUCCAUACAUAUUGACAACUGCUUUUAUGUCUAACCACAAUAAAAAUUAAGCAUAGUCAGUCAAAAGUUUAACAUUGCACAUCAGGUUACUAAGAUAGGGAGUAGCUCUCAGUAUAGAGGGUACGUCUGCAGCCAGAAGAUUGCCUAUUAGAAAAAGUACCAUUUUGUUCCAGCCAGAAGAUUGUCCAUUUGAAACAGUUCAUUGCUUUAAGUCCUUGAAACUCAUACAAUAUUCCUGGAGAUGUCAGAUUGUUUUAGCUGAAAGAUUUUGCCUCUUUGCUGAUUCCGUCAACUGUUUAAAGAUGCUCAAGUAUACAGAACAAAUAUCAACCAGAGGAUUUGAGUCAAAGACUUUCAAUAUUUGGUUAAAAGAGUUUUUCAGAAAUUUCCCUAAAGUUUGGAGAAAGAGAAUUGUGCAAUUUAGUUCUUCUCUAAAGCCCAAUCUCCAGUGAGAAAAGAAUCAGCGAAAUGCGAAAAAGUUCGCGCGAAAUACGUCAUGGGCAUGCGCAGUGAACUUUUGAUGGGAUUUCUCGCGAAGAAUUUCUCUGCGAAAAAAAGUUAAAAUGAGUUUAACUUUUUUCGCUUUUCGCUUGCGAAAUCUUUCAGCAGCCAAUCAUAAUCCGUAUUGAUUUGUCAUGCUUCCUCAUUCCAAUGUCUGGAGAUCAACAAAAAUACAGGCCCAAAUCGACAUGGCAUCGCGAUAUCCUUCGGUCUUUGAGAUGGGAACGACAAUAAAUGAGGAAGAUAUUUGCCUUCAACAAUUUGUUGAUAGUGAAGCAAGUGUUCACGAAUCAAGGGAAGACAAAACCGAGAUUCUUAUAGGGGAAAUCCAAGCAUACCCCAUUCUAUGGAACAAGCAAUCCCCCGAGUACAAGGAAUCCCAUAAGAAACGACUGGUUUGGGCAGAGAUUUCUUUAAGACUUGGACUCAACGUCGAAUCGAUAAAAUCAAAAUGGAAAAAUCUCUGUGAUUCCUACAAAAAGUGUUUGGACAGAGAAAGAGAAUUCUCAAAAUCUGGCUCUGCUUCGUUUAAACAACCAAGAUGCCGUUAUUACGAUCAGCUAACGUUCCUUCGUGAUGUAAUAACAAAUCGACAAACAAUAAGUAAUCUUGCACUCCCAUCAUCAUCUCCUCUAUCACCCUUGCCAUUAGAUUUCGUAGGCAAAUCUUCCCCUGCUCCUUCAUUUACAUCAAAUAGCAGCUACGAAGCAGAUGAAUUUCGGCCUAUGGAACCUAGCUUCGAAACAAUUAGCAGGAAAGCUAGCACUGCUGCACAAGGAAAGACUAGCUCAGUAAAACGAAGUAAAAGGGCAGCGGAUAUGGACCCAGUGGAGAGUUUUCUCAUUGAAAGCAUCCAGAAGAAGGCAAGGCCAAAUGAUGAUGAUCCUGACGAUCUGUUUUGCCGUAGUCUUGUGGCUACACUGAAAAGAUUGCCACAAAAGAAAAACCAAAUGGCAAAACUCAAAAUACAACAAUUACUUUUUGAUAUUGAAUAUGAUGAAUAAUGUGUUUAAUUUUUUUUAAUAAAUGAAACGUAUAUCUAUGUCUAUGUCCUUUUAGCAUGAAUAAUUUCCCACUGCCAGGGUACCUGUCCGGCUUCAGAGUUGAAAUAUUGACAGAACAAAUCUCUGACUCUUUUUGCCUCUUUUGAGUAAUUGUUAGAGCCAAUCCUACUCACUGGAGCAAGGCCUGUGUCACCUUCAACAAUCCUUCUCCAAUCGCCUUGUCUCUGGUUACACGUGCCAUCAAUAUCAGCAAAACCUUCAGGGCAAUAUUGGCUGUUCUUGAAUUUUUUACUUUUCAUCAGAUAAUUAUGCAAAGCAACUGAUGCCUUUGUGCAAGAUUCUACGUGUUCAACUUUGGCAUUAAUUGGUCGACUAAAAAUGCGAAAUCUAGCCGUUAAAAUGCCAAAUGCAUUUUCAAUAAUUCUUCUUGCACGACUAAUUCUAUAAUUAGCAAUGACUUUAUCCAGUUCCAUUUUGCUCUCUGAGUAUGGUUUUACAAUGUUUAUUCUUAAUGGAAAAGCAUCAUCUGCUACAAAUACGUACGGAAAUUUAUUUGUAGUUCCACUCAACAUUCGUGGCACAGGGACAGUCAGAAGAUUGUUUGUGAUGCUAUGACCUAUGUUACUAUUUGCAAAAACACCAGCAUCACUUUGACGCCCUGCUUCACCAAUAUCUACCAUGAGAAAUUCAUAAUUUGCAUUGCAGAUAGCAAGAAGAACGAUCGAAAAUGUUUUUUUAUAGUUAAAGAAUAAAGAGCCACUUCGUGCAGGGGCUAUAAUGUUAAUGUGCUUGCCAUCCAUGGCACCGAGGCAAUUGGGAAAGUUCCAGCUACUUUCAAAUUCAGAGGCAACAAGCUCCCACUCAUCAACUGUUUUUGGAACUUUCAUGAAGCCUUCCCUUAUUAAAAUGUCCCACAGUGCAUCACAUGUCUCUGGUAUUAAUCUACCAACUGUUGUCUGGCUUAUUCUGUAGCUAGCUGCAAGGCUUAUGUGAGAAUCACCGCUUGCCAAGUAGUUUUCGUCUUCGAUGCAACGCAAGCAAAAUCAAAAGCUCCUCACAAGACAAGUUCAUGACGCAAAUGAUUUAUUUCGAAAAAGAAAUUUCGCAGAGAACUGGAGAUUGACUUGCGAAAAUUUUCUCGAGAAAUUUUUCGCGGGAAAUAUUUCGCAGCGAAAUUUCGCAAGAAUUUUUCUCACUGGAGAUUGGGCUUAAGUUUUUUGUUCUUUAUUGGACAGGUAAAACAUUGUGUUGGACACUUUAGAAUAUUUUUCCCAAGUGUACACUUUAUAGCAGGAUCUAAGAACUUUUACCAUCUUUACAGUGUGCUUUGUUGAGAUCAUGUGAUCUUAUAAUGUUAAGAGCCUUUCCAAUUUGGCGAUAUGAAAAUAAUUCAGGAGGGAAUCGAAUUAGAGGGUUAAACAGGAUUUUACUCUGUAUUAGUCAAUGAACUUUGAAAUAUAGAUAAGACUUCAAAAGUUUGACAUUUUUGUUCAAAUCAGACAUAAAUACUAUAUUCUCCAAAAGAGGAAUUGCAGGAAUGUUUUCAAAUUUCAAUCAAAUCAAAUUUAGAAGUAUAGAUUCUUGUAUAGAUAAAGUAUGGUUAUUUGAUUUAUACAAUUCUGCAUUUUAAUUAAUCAAGCAACUUGUUGAAAUAUAUCUUUUUCUCCAUACAUUUUUUCAUGACUCAUCAUCUUCUC